AUGCAAACUGCUGCUAAACUGCCUGCUAAAGAUUACGUGAAGAUGGCUGAGAUUCCCUUUAGAUAUUGGAAAGAACUUACUAAAGGUUUGCCAGAGGAAAAUUCAAUUGAAAUCAAAAGAUGGUCAGGAGAAAAUGAUAAGAAAAGUGGUCUUGAUCUUGCAUUAAUCAAAAUUCGAUAA